CAGUUCUAGCUGAUGCUUUCCGUUCUGCAAAAUUAUGUAUAAAACUUUAAAACUUGUUAAAGCGAAUUAGAGACGAAGCGAGCUGUUUAGAAAGACAAGGCGGGCAAGUCGAAAAAAACAGGGCGUGGAAAACUGAAAUCCAACGCCUGCGAAUCCAAGAAUAAGCGACUAGAUUGUAAAAUGCAAUAAUUGCUACCAUGAAGAAGGCCAAGGGAUCAAACUCCCUUGGAUUGCAGGGAUUAUCCUUGUCCCAAAGGGGAAGCAGUGCGCCCAAGGGCUCCUCGGGACCUGGUGGAUCCAGGGAGGUCCAAGAGACCAAGCAACCGGAGGACUCCAAAAGGGAGCAGCUCAAGAACAAGGACUCGCUGGCAGCCAAGGAAUCUUCAGUUAGGAAAAAGGAGAGCUUAAAGAACAAUUUCUUAAUAAAUGAGACCACUGCCAUUUCCUCCAUUCCGGCGAUUGACAAGCUGCGUCGCUUUUGUUUCAUUGGCUCCACGGAGAUACCUGUGUAUGCCCCGCCCACGCUUGACCUUGCCGUUGAGAUCAGCUUCGAGGCGCUUCAGGAGCUCUGCGCCCAGGUGACCGAAACGGAAAUGGCCGAGGUGCUGGCUAGUGUUCUGGGCGCCGGACCGAAUGCAGAACACCUCCCGCGUCCAGACGAGCCGCUCCUCAUCCUGGCCGUCUUUCUCUCCACGCGCGAAGACGAGAAGCAACGGAAAUUGGUGCGGAUCAGAUUCCCCGACCUGGUAACAAGCGAUUCGGACCUCCUGUUGUUCGUCCAGCUGGUGAAGAGGGUGCAGAAGCUGCUCGACCGAAAGACGCCCUUCAACCGCACUGUGCGCAAGGCAAUCCUGGACUGGUAUGGCAAGCAGUCGUUGGACCGCCUGCUUCACAUGUGGUCGGUGGGCGAUACCUCUCGCUGGUCGGCGCACCGCGAUCUGCUGCAUCGCUGUCACUUCCGGGAAGCCGAUUUUCGGCCGGAGAUCAUGGCUGCCCUGCGGCUGCUUUCGUCGCAGCUAAAGGAGCUGGCCCAGUGGCCCACUUUUCUGACACCCCUAAGCGGCUGCCGUGGGAUUAUCGAGGGCGUGGUCCAACUGCGACUUUUGGAGGAUCCCAGACAAGCCCUGCCCAUCGUGAAGAAGCUGACGCUGAGCUGGGAACAUGUGCCCCUUCAGCUGUUUAAGGAUCCUGGCCUUGCCAAGUUCCUCAUCCCACGCAUGAGCUACGAGCAGCUGCUCCAGAGCUUGCCGCGCCUUGUGCGGCUGCAUCACCAGGUGCGCCCCUUCACCGAGCAGCUGAUGGACGAGAAGAAGCUCAAGGCCGGCAACGUGCCUCCCGUGCGUCUGCUGCUGGAGGAUAUGCGUAUGAGGAAGCCUAGAAAGGUGUGUCGAACUGUGAUGCGAAAGCCGAGCUUUCUGCACGGAGUCUAUGAGGCAUCUUUUGGCCAGAAUAAACCGCUCGGUAGGCGUCUGCACAUCACCCUCAAUCUGGAGAAGCUCUACCUAUCCAGAUAUCUGUCCGGCCGCUGUCGUUCUCUAAAAUAUCUGGACGCUCUCGUGGCACUGGCCUUCGGUUACUUCCGCAGCGAUCCCAAGGUAACGGUGCAGUUCUGGCCCGACCGCAGUGGCCAGCUGAAGACGCUGCCCUGGACGAAGGAGAUGAGCCUGGUGGAGGCAACGAACUGCUGCGAGAAUCAAAAGGUGGUCAAAAUCAAGCAGUCGCUUACAGAUGUUUUAGAACGCGCGUUGGAGGACGAAAAGAACACGUACGACGUGUUUUUGGUGUUGGUGCCAGGUGCCGCGCGCGGUAAUCCGAACAAGAGUUCCAAGAGCCUAGCUGCCCUGAUCGACAAGUACCGCGAAAAGCGGAGCUCGAAUGCUAAAUUCAUAAUGGUGAGUCUGCGGCAGCACCACGGCUCCAUGAGUUACUCCGGAGAACGGAACGAGAACCUGCUGGAGCUGUGCAGUCUGGACGAGCACACGCCGCGCCUGAUCAACGCCUUCGCGCGCAGGAAGUUCUACUGAGGAAGCAGCAAGCAGUAAGCAGCAAGCAGUAAGCAGCAGGCUGGCGCAAAGCAGUUCCAUUUGUUAAAGGUCGUUGGCUAUUGGCCCGUUCGUUGCCAUCGGCCAUCCCGCUCGCUUUUAUAGACUCCCGUUCCAAAUAGCUUUUAUGUAACACAAAGGUCCUUGGUGAGUAUCGUCAUAGAGCCAAGCCUGUGUAAUGAUACAAAAUACUGUCGAAUAAUGGUAAUAGUUACACCCCGGAAUCCAGAAUUGCACUCGGGUUAGUUAGAGAUUUGUAACGCUCGUUUUGUGUAAUCACCUUUAUAUUCAAAUUUGUAUUUGUACGAGAUUUGGUGGAUUUAUUUUUAAAAUCAAACUGAAUCAACUGAACUGAACUCAAUCUAAAUUAAAUUUGGAUU